UCUAUUUAGAAAUGGCAAAAAUUACACGACGUGCCGUUGCCUCGUCGUCGGUAGCAUCAACAACAUCAACAGACACUUCAAGGUCAUCUAGAGCAACGAGUUCUUCCACUUCAAAGGCUUCCAAAUCAACUGCUACGGCAAGCGCAACAAUAAAAACCACAACGAAUGCCAAUAACAUUAUCUAUGGCGGUAAGCCAGCACGUUUGGCCGCAACGGAUAUGUCGGACAAACUGGCAAUGCCACUCACUGCAUUUAAUGACACUCCUCCUCUACGCAGUAACGGCACUAUACCCGAUAAACAGUUUACAACUAAUGGGCAUAGCGCCUUACCCGCCGUCACGAAUACAACGACUGGUACCGCUCCCGUAUUCAACGGCAUCAAUGGGCGACACAGAAUCUUCAUGGGCAGUGGACGACACAAUAAAAGUCUGGCCGAGCGAAGAAUUGAACAGGAGGAGUUCUAUGCCACUUAUGACGUGAUGACUGGUGUACGUAUUGCCGCAACGCUUAGCGGCUUCUUCGGCUUAAUGGUGUUCCUUAUUGUCUGGAAGAGUCGCAGUAGUUCCAAUGAGACGAUGAAAGUGUUAAAGGAUCCCAAAAUGGCUGCUGUGGCCGCCGUUUGUAUGCAAGAGGAGGAAGAGCGUGAAAUUCAGGAGGCGAUGGUGGCAACUGGCAUGUCGAUAUACCCGGAUGAAUAUGAUGCGAUUCUCUAUCGGCGACAACGAAUGUUAUCAUUGGGUAAUGUUAGCGCACCGCCCAUGCUAAACCGAGGAUAUCGCUUCUCGUCAGUGGAUAUUCCUGCUUUCGAAACUACAGGUGGUGGUGGCUACAGCAGCCUGCUGGAGCCACCUAGGCGUUUUUCCUAUUCGGCAACUUCUGGUGUAGGCAGCUUCACGGGUGGCCGCAGAAAAAGCGGCUCCGAGUCGUCACGUAUACUGAGUAACUAUCCUAUGGGCAGCAGUUUCGGCAAUGAUGAUUACUUUAUAGAGACCGAAGAUGAAUUGGAGUGCACCGACUACCCACGUAGUGGGACACAUCUUGACGAACUGCCCGAUAUGCCACAACGCACUGAUUCAACGAAAAGUAAACGUGGUUUUCUGGAGGUACCGCCUGCGGGACAAGAUUCGCGACGUAGCAGCGCAAUGACAUGUUGCAGUACUGAAAGCUCUUAUUUGGAGCGACGCUGUUCGGCGUUUACCUUAGGGCUGAGCAAUCUACCGCCGACACUUCAACGAAAACUAUCGACAGCCUCACGCACAUCGAGUACCGACAAUUGGGACUACUAUUACCCCGAUAUACAGGUCAUACAGCCAACACCGAAACCUUCGCCUUGUCCAUCGGAGCGUAGUCUUUAUGAACAACUACAGGCGCAUGCCAACGGUGCUUCCACCUCGAGCGCUAAGGUGACUGGCAAAGGCGCUGAAGCACUGCCGGACAAUUUACCCGUAGCCACCAUCACAACACAGAGUAAGACUGGCAGCACCAACACUGUAGUUACUGGUGACGUGAGAGGCGCUGGUACUCCAACAGAUACGCAGAAAAUUGUACGCAAGCACAGUAUAGCCUAUUAUGAUCCGGAAAGUGCACAGGGAGGACGUAAACAGGAAAUACACUCGAUAAGCGCCGACACGGUGGACAUCUAUCCUUAUAAUCAAACCCAUUACGAAACGCGUGGUACGAUUGGUUCCAGUGAUGCUGGUGGUACCGCACACAAGACACCACUACAAACUGCGCCGACCACAAGCACUCAGUACGGAUUCCAUUACAGCGAUUCGCCGACGGAAGAUUCCCGUGGUAGUCUGCGCGGCAAGGUCACGGUAGUUGAACUGCAACGUCUCACCUAUCCGACAGAAGAGAUGACGCCGCCGCCCAUACCAGAGCACAAUAAUAAUAAUUUUUCAUAUUCCAGUACCGCUGCGGCCAUAGCGGCUGCCGCCGUUGUAACCGCCAACUCCAGUAGCAUCAGCAUCGAUAGUACACCCAUUAGUUUGGAUAGACUGAAUGGCAGCGGCAGUUUGGGCACCAUAUCAGCGAAAGCACUUUUCAAUGUAGAAAGGCGAGCACCGCUCGCUUCGCUUAGUUCCUUUAAAAUCUCGUCAUUAGAGUAUCAAGACUCGGAAGCGCGUUCCGUUGACGAGGACUCAGUUUUCCUGGAUAGUGUGGCAGACACCGAUGAGGAUAUGCAGCAGUUGAGCAGUGACAGUGAUGAGGUUAGUUUCGGUGAACAUGAUCCUACUAGUAUGCGCGAGAAUGUUGCGCUUGUUGUAACACAAGAUACCACCGGCAGCAACAAUGCCGAGGCAACGGCAACUGUGCAUACGCGACCGCAGCCACUCAAGUAUCCCAUCGAAAAACGUUAUAGUCUGGGCGCUGCUAGCAAUGCCGGUGUCGCUGGCACGAAACUAUCACGGGCACGACGUCCACUGCUGCAACGCCAUCGCACAAUCAGCGUUUCUUCCAGUGAUCGUGUAGCUUUGAUCGGCCAUCAGCUCAAAGAGUUCCAACACACUGGCAGCGGUAGCCAAACACCGACUACCAUCGCUGAAACGGUGCCGCUGGAGACGCACUUCGGUUCGAUUAUUUGCACCAGCAGCUCACCCACACAUCUGCGACGCGCACAAUUGCUGCAACAGUAUAGCGAUCCGCAAAGUCUGCCGACCACCACAACAACUACAGCCACAACUGAGGAUGACACCUGCUCUACUUUGAAUACGGAACUCUGCGGUGGUAAUGCUGGCGCACAGGGACCGAGCGGUAGUGGCAGCGGCAGUGGUGGUGGUGGCGGCACCGGCGGUGGCGGUGGCUCGGCGACUCUGACACAAAACAGCAGCUUAAAUACGGUCGUCAGUUUUGGCCGCUCGAGUCCGCUUACGGACAAUAACAAAACGAGCUGUAGCCUUAGUGCUGGCACAAGCGCUAACGUUCACCACCAGCUCUAUACUACAGAAAAACAAAAGGCUUUGAAAAAUCAAACGAACAAAACACAACCACAACUGCCAUGCUCCAGACUCUAUGAUGACUCUUGUGCCUCCUCGGUCUCCGACUCGUUGAUUAUCACUUCAACAACGCGACAACCAAUAAUUUGCAUGCCAGCAUCGCUGAAAAACCUCAUCCUACGCGGUUCCGGUGCCGGAACCAGUUCUACAACAAUCGCAGAUAAAACAGUGGACUCGCCCAGCCUGUUGGUGAGUCGCAGCGCUACUAAUUUGAGCGCGUCCAACAUAAAUACGCGAGAUAGUGAAGAUCGUUCAUGUCGUUCGGUUAUGCUGGAACUGCCGCUAAUAAAGUUACCUACCGAUGAGAGCUCGGAAAGUUCGUCUGCGUCGGAAGGGAAUGCACAACGUGCGCAAAGUAAGAGUGAAGGUUCACGCGAACCCAGUCUGACAAGAAACAGUCGCAAAUGGUCGAAGGAAACACUGUUCUAGCUAGGAACCAAAGCAAAACGUACCAGCUAUAAGAUGGGUUGAACAAACCGGGCUCAAAGUGACUACGAAUAUGGUACUCACAGUUCAAGGAGUGUUACAAGUAGCAAAGAGUUGAAAAAAGCAACGCAGGUGUGGCGUAAAAAAUAGUAUAGACGAAAGACUGCAGUUUGGAUAGUGCAAAGCAUCGUUGGAUCCACGAUGAGCUCUUCGACUGCCCCGCUAAGGAAUUGCAUUUGCUGUUGUGUGACACAAAGUUGGCACAAUAACUUUUUACAGGAGCUUAGUAUGUAUCAGAUUUUGCAGAAACCAAAAACCAAAAAACCAAAAACAAAAAUAAGGAACUCAAAAACGAAAACAAAACUAAUGAACUAUAAUUGUAAACUAAGAGAUUUAGCAUACAAAUUAUGUAAAUGAGAAUAUUUAUAUUUAUAAGUGAAGAAUACAAAUCACAACACGGAAACGGGUGAACUUAAAAGCAUUUCGUGCGUAAUUUAUGCGAUUCAAAUUGUUAUAUGUACGCGUAUUUGAUAGUAAAUAACUGCAUACAUACAUACAUACUUUAUGAAAUUAAAAGAAAAACAAAAAACACUUUCAUAAAUAUAUAGUUAUCUAGUAAUUCAUAAGCUUUAACGUUUACUUUAAAUUGAGGAGCGAAUCGGAACUCGAGCGAAUAGACUUCACACUAGGAAAUGGUAUAUUUAAUGAACUUGAAAAUGGCCUUAACUUUCUUCCUUAGUUGCAUAUAAUAAAAAAAAUUUAAUUUACAGUGGGGAA